GAAACAUUGACUGUAAGGAAAUGAUCGACAGAAAAACAAAGCAGGGAGAGAAGGAAGAGAGAAAGGAGGGUAAAUAAACAAGGUGUGUCACACAGAUUGCUGGGUUUUUGGUAAACGCUAUAACGUUUGACACACACAGACGAGGACAUUACAUGACUUUAUAGUAAAGGAUCGACAAAAUGUUUCGCUCGGCAAUGGAAGGAUGAAAAUAAAUGGCUAUGGAGAGACAAGCAUCUGAGAAUAAUGAAAAGCCAAGAGAUAUGCAGUCUUGAUAAAACCGAAAACAAAUGAGAGUCCAGAAACACAUAAUGGUGAAUCACAAGAGGACACAAACAUGACCAGACAAUAUUUAUCUUACCAUUCUUCUCUGGAGAUAGAAGAAGAAAUAACAUGCAAAGGACAAAAUGAAGACUCUGAUGUAAGAGCUAAUGCUGUUGGGGAACCACAAACCAAGACUUUAGAAACAGAUGAAGCUGUUUUAAAUUUUCCUAAAUGGGAAAGGAAAACAUUGCUUUCUCCUAUCACUAUGUCCAUUAAAACAUUAAGCGAGGAUGAUAAAAUGCUUGGCACUGAGGAACCUACAGAGAUUGGAGCUGCAUUAUACUGUCAGAUGGAGAGUCCUGCUCGGCAAUCACAUGCCUCCCCAUUUCACCUUUCAACGUCUUCAGAAAGACAUGAUUUUUCACAAACAGAGUUAAAAAAUGAAGGUUGUGAUAAUCAACCCAAACUGUUGUGGUGUGAUGGUGCAGCCAUGCAGUCAACUUAUCAAAUACAUGAUAAUGCUAACAACAGGACAGCAAGGUCAAUUUCUGAUCCAGUUGUACGCAAGCCCAAGGAGCAAAGACCUCUCUCAGCCCCAACUAUUUCAGAAUUUGCAACGAAAAACUUUACGGGCAAUGCGAGUCCCCAGAAAGGCUGGAAGGAUUCGGGAAACGAAGAAAGCUUUGGAGAAUUGGACAAUGAGAAUGGAAUGAGAAGUAAAGGAAUGGGAAUGAAAAGUAAAUUGAAGACCCUUACUCUGAAACUUAUGGAAAUGCUCAAGGAAAAUCGCAGUCGGGAGCAUAACGAUAGUAAGAAUAGCCAAGACUGUGUGGAAGAAGAGAUUGAGUCUGUGAAUUCUAUGGAGGUAGAGCUUGAAGCAUCGAGUCCACCAUCACUGCCCCCCAAAAAGGGAAGAUAUGUUCGCUUAGAAAGAACAUUUACCCUGAAGGACUUCAAACUUGACCUUGAACCAAUCAACUUAAUGGAUGAAAUAUUCACGGGCGAAGAGUGGUUGCCUUUCCUGCCCAGCAAAACCAGUCAAACGGACCAAGACGCUGGUGAUAUGAACCGUCCAGAAGAAUAUGCCCAGAUCCAUGUUUCCCAGCCGACAACAAAACAGAACCAACCAGAGGACAAUCGGUUAGACAAGAAACAACACAUUAAUAAUACCGAGGAGACCAUUAGCGAACUUGACAGUGUAACAAAAGUCAACAAUAACAUCUAUGCUAAAGAAGUAGGGUCAGAUGGAGACAUCAUUGCGAUUCCUAAAGCUCUCCUAAUAAAUCCUGCAAAACAACAGGGGGUAUGUGGGAUAUUCCAGUCUGGUGAUGUCUUUGACUGUAGGGGCAAGUACGUGAUUCCUAAACAAGACUUUAUGUUGAUGAAAAGGAAGUCAGAGGAUGUUUCUUUUGACUUUUCAGCUGUUCAGUCAUCCGGAUUGCUGGACAACUCUGCCCUCAAGAGUCGAAUCCGUUUAAGCAAAAAGAGACCCCACCGGCCUCCCAAGAAACACAGAAAAUUAAAGCCAGACUUCAAGUUCUAUAAGAUUCCCUCCGUGUACCUGAAAGAAUCCAUCAGUGAUUCCUCAUCUAUUGACUAUAUGCCCAUAUCCAUGUCUUCUCCUCUGCUUUCAAAUCCAUGCCCAGCUAAGUGCUGACCAGCUACUACUACUCUGCAGUGUUUUCAGUUCAUCUCCACGCAUUCUUCUCUUCUUGAAUAGAUGUUACUGGGCUCUCCGGGUGUCCAAGCAUCAUAGUCCCAGAAGGAACCAUCCGUCCAAAGAAAUUUACCAGUCUGAAAGAGUGAAAGAAAGAUUAUUCUGUAUAUGCAUCUUUUAUAAUGAAUGAACUGGGAUAAUAAUUUGACACAUUAAAUAUUUUCUUUCUCCUCA